CAGCGGAGGGGGAGCUGCCGCCCGGCGCCCGGCGCAGCAUGAAGUUCCAGUACAAGGAGGACCAUCCUUUCGAGUACAGAAAAAAGGAAGGGGAGAAGAUCAGGAAGAAGUACCCGGACAGAGUGCCCGUAAUCGUGGAAAAAGCACCAAAAGCCAGAGUACCUGACCUAGACAAAAGGAAGUAUCUUGUGCCUUCUGACCUCACAGUUGGCCAGUUCUACUUCUUAAUUCGAAAGAGAAUCCACCUGAGGCCAGAGGAUGCCCUGUUCUUCUUCGUCAAUAAUACCAUCCCUCCUACCAGUGCUACCAUGGGACAGCUGUAUGAGGAUAACCAUGAGGAAGACUAUUUUCUCUAUGUGGCCUACAGUGAUGAAAGCGUCUAUGGCAAGUGAACACCAGCCACCAAUCAUGCAGGCGAGAUGGACAGAUGGAACUAAUUUGGGGGGAUGGUUUUAUGUUGGAGCAGCGGAAGGAGAAUGUUUGAGAAGAGAGGAUGAGAACUGGAAGUGAAUCACAUGCACAAUGCCGUCACCUUCAUGCAUUAAUUAUAAUCAUUAUUUUUAAAUUGAGGGGAGGGAGGGUAAAAAGAAAUGGUGUGAAAGGGCAAACUGAUAGGCCAACAAGAGAUUCUGUGCUGCGGGAGGAGGAGACUCCAUCUUUUUUUAGUUUUCUCUUGCCACAGCAGGAAUUUGGUAGCCAAUACUGGAGGCUGCUAGACAAGCCAGAGUUGUGGAUCUUCUGCAGAGUGACUGGGAAGGAAAGAAAUGACUGUUCAUUUUAACCCUUUCAUUGGAUGAGGGAGGCAUGUCUGGAGCACGUAUUGUACACCUUGUCACACCUUGCCCAUGGUUUGGGUUGCACUCCUGUGGGCAUUCAGGGAGCAGUGCAAUAUUUGUACUGCCCCCGUAAGGCUGUCCUGUGCCGACAGUCCUCACUCCAGCUGCUGCCUGUGAAGUGUUGUAUGACUAUUGCAUUUCCCAUGACAUCACUGUUAAAAGGGCUAACUCUGAGGGCUGGAAACUGUUCAGCUGUGAUGUGUAAAGGUUGAGAAGCAGGAGAAGAAAGGAAGGACUUGUUUUCUUUGUUGCAAAGAAACUGCAAGUUCUGGACAAAACUCUGAGACCAAUUCUUUUGUUCUUUUCAGUGAAACCAGYUGAUAUACUCAUAUGCGUAGGGCAAGGGAGGACAUCAAGAAAACUUCUAGUCCACUCAGACCCUGAGACAGAACUGAAUAGACCAGAAAUGGCCAUUUCCAUGGCUGUUUAUUUACGUUGUUUUUAGUGAGCUUCACUGAUGCCCGUCUUGUAGGCGACUGUGAUAGCCUCUUCAUUUUCUAGCUAGCCUCCAAGUGAGAAAGCUUAUUGCAUUCUUAUUUAAGUCAGUAUCCCUUGCUGUGUAUUAAGGCAACACUUGAUAUCGAUGAACACGGAGAAUAAUCUAUUUGUGUUGUCUUUUGUAAUAAUCUUAGGCAAGUUUGAGGAUGGCAGAAAUUCUGUGGAUUUACCCUCCCCUUCUGUGUCUCAUUCCUGUACAGAUCUUGCACCGUAUUCACAAGCAAAGGAAAUUAGUCCCUCACAAACGCGUUUUCCUGGCUUUCUGUGAUAGGAUUAUCUUUGCUUCCAGAGAAAUGCUUUUAGGCAUGUGGGGAAGGAGAACUAAAUGGCCACAGGGCAGAUUUUCUAUAAAUGCUUCCCUUCUAUCCCACCUCCUUUUAAGUCAGUACAGUUCUUAGAAAGGUCCCAAACAGAUUUUGUCCUGUGCAAGUCUUAUGCUGUCCUACUAAAGCAGUUUCUUCCUGGUGGCACAGCAGACUUUUUCCAUAAACACCGUUAGUCUGAUGAAGGAGUUGGGCUUUGGUCAGUGAGAUGACUUAGAGGAACAUUCUAGGUUAAGGUUUUAUCUAAAAAUUGGAGAACUGAACUAUAUUACUAUAAACAUUCCUACAUACAGGAGGGGAACGAAGAAAGAGGAAAAGACGAGAAGGAUAAAGAAGACGGGCAGAUUCCAAUGUAAAGUGGGGGUGUUAAUGUAUUUACAUGUUGGAAUUAGAUCCCAGUCCUCAGGAAGGAGAAAUCAAUAUGUUUGUCCUCUGACUGUGGGAGAGAGAAAAAUUACAACUUUUUUUGGACUGCUAUUUCCCUGGAGUUUUUAAGGGAAGAAGAAUUUAGGGGUGUGUAAUGAAAGAGAAUUGGCAGAGUUAUGUGCAGGUCAGGAGGAUCAUUGCCUGUGUGGCAUGGAAGGUAGUAGACUGGAAUGAGAGAGAAAGGAAGGUGUGCAAAAAGAUGUAUUUAGAAUAAUCACAAUAAACAGGCAGAAAAUGGGGGAGUAAAAGAAGAAAUACAUGGCUUAGUUAUCGCCAGCUUCUUAACUUCAGUCAUAUGCUCAUCUAGAGUAAAUGCUGGGGUAAGUUAUACCUCCUACCUAAUUUAAAUCAGUUCUGCCUACAGUGUACAGUGCUCUCUUUUUGACCCACUCUCCUCUAAUUAUCAGGCUGUUCUCACAUGCUUUGCUUGCAAAUCCAUAACAGUCUCUUCUUUUAGGAAAUUCUGAAGUUUCUGGAAUAGAAAGUAGAUCCAGAAGACUUUGUAGGGUAAAAGACAAUAUGGGGCAGGACAGGAUGGCAUGCAUAUCUACCACUGUCACACGUGCUCACACCCAUACUACUAAGCACAUGGCUUAGGCUUGGACACACGUAGGGGAGAAAAGAGUUGGAAGGAGAAUUGCUUGACUUUGUGUUCAGACCUGCUCU